AUGGGUUCACCGACAAAUAACAAAGGGGCUGCCGCUGUUGUUGGCACUGAUCUUGCAGCAGUGCUUCCCGAUGAUCAACGACCGUGGUGGCGCGUCCCCCAUCUUCUCAAGCUCAACCUUCUUCUCCUCAUGCCCCUGGUCUCCUCCGGCGCUAUCGGCUACGAUGGUUCCAUGAUGAAUGGCCUUCAGACUCUUCCUCAAUGGAGAGGCUACUUUGGCAACCCCGAAGGUGCCAUGCUAGGCGCCCUUAACUCCGUUUACCCCGCCGGCAAAGUUAUUGCACUCUUCUUGGUUACCUACGUAUGCGAUCGAUUUGGCAGAAAGAGGGCCAUGAUGAUAGGAUCAAUCACGUGUGUCGCAUUUGCCAUAAUGCAAGCUGUGUCACAAAAUCUCGAAACCUUCAUUGCCGCUAGAGCCAUCCUCGGCUUCUGUACCAGUUUCUUGGCCCAACCGAGUCCGAUUCUCAUCACCGAACUUGCCUAUCCUACUCACCGAGGCAAGCUCACUGCUUUGUACAACACGUCUUUCUACCUUGGCGGCAUCAUCGCUGCAUGGUGUACAUUCGGAACGUUCAAGCUCGAUACAACCUGGAGCUGGAGAAUCCCCUCUCUUCUCCAGGGAGCUCUCCCGGCACUACAACUAAUUGGCAUUUACUUCCUGCCAGAGUCUCCUCGUUGGCUCGUCGCCCAUGGUCGCAGGGAAGAGGCUCGUAAGAUCCUGGUCACGUACCACGCCGGUGGUGACACGGAUGCUCCACUCGUCAACUUUGAGAUGGCCGAGAUUGAGGGGGCUCUAACGCACGAAGCCGAUGAAAUGUCACAAAACUCCUGGCUCGAGCUCCUGCGCACACCUGCCAACAGAAAGCGGACUCUCAUUGCGGUCAUUGUUGGAUGGUUCGCUCAAUGGAAUGGUGUCAAUCUCAUCAGUUACUAUCUUGUACUUGUUCUGAACACGAUCGGCAUCACCAACGUAAGAGACCAGACUCUCAUCAAUGGCCUUCUACAGAUCUCCAACUGGCUCGCCGCAAUAUUUGUUGGUGCUAUGCUGGUGGACAGACUCGGUCGUCGCACAUUGUUCCUGGUUUCGACAUGCGGCAUGUUUGUGUCCUACGUUAUUUGGACUGGUCUGAGCGCUUCCUUUGACAGCACUCGUAGUGCAUCUACUGGUAAGGCCGUCGUUGCAUUCGUGUUCAUCACCUUCUUCUUCUAUGCUAUUGCAUGGGCACCACUUCUUCAGGCAUAUACUGUCGAGAUCUUCCCGUACACACUCCGUGGUCGUGGCGUUUCGAUUAUGUACAUCAGUACGUUUGUCGGUUUGGUGGUCGGAAACCAGGUCAACCCUAUUGCGAUGAAGAACAUUGGUUGGAAAUACUACAUCCUCUUCUGCUGUAUUCUGUUUUGUCUUAUUUUAAUCAUCUGGUUUCUAUUCCCAGAGACCAAAGGUUACAGCCUUGAGGAGAUACAAGCUCUCUUCGAAGGCGAGUCCCAUGGUGCGAUGCAUGCCGGGAAGGUCGAGGACAUUGAGAGUGCACAGAUCGGCAAUGAAGAAAAGAAGGAUAAGAAGGUCGACUUGGUUGAGGUUGCCUAG